AUGGAGAUGAAAAGAAUGAUUGUAUUUACGGUGAUGAUGCUUACGAUCGGAAAUCUUUUAGUUGAAUCGGAAGUUAUAAACAGACGUUGGGGAGAUUGUUUCAAGAUUUGUUAUAACGUGUGUAUCAGUAGUGCAAUACGAGAUAAACUCGGAUGUUUCGCUAGAUGUGAAGCACAAUGUGGGCCACCACCAUAUGAAAUCAAUUGUGCUAAUCAUCGCUGUGUUUCUGCUCAAGAUCCGAAAAAAGAGAUCGAUGUGAAGAAGACAAAAGACUUUGUGAAUUAA